GUGUUGUCGUCACAAGCACAUUCAGCAGAAGUACUAUGAUACACUAGAUGCAACAGUCUCUUGGAGUCGAUUCGGAGAACUACAGUGAAAUGGAGGGGGACAUUCGAAAACGGGGUUUACUUUAUUUACAGCAGCAGAGGUUCGGGAAGAAAUGGCGAAAGGUCUGGUCCGUGCUGUACAGAGAAAGCUCUUGCUCCAUCUCACGUCUCGAGUUCUUCGAGUUUAAAGAUGGAACUGGGAACACCAUCGAAAGAGCCAAUCGCAAGCAGGAAAACAAAAAGGUGAUAAAGUUAAACGACUGCAUUCGUGUGUCAGAUGCUGAUGUGGAAGGCUGUCCACGGGAUUGCGGACCGUUUUUGGUGGAGACGACAGAAAAGACGUUUAUUUUUGCUGUCGAGACAGCUGAACUGGAGGAUUGGAUGAAGAAACUGUGUGAAAUCGCUUUUCCGAUGAGCUGGUCAGAGAAGGGAGCAGUAAGAGGAAACAGUUUACAAGCUGAAUCUGAUGAUGUUACGAUGGCGGACAACACCCUUUACUGCAGCAGAGAAACCGCUAUGAAAGACUUCAAGGUAACAGUGAGACGCACAGAGGCUUCUGAGAGAUGUGGCCUGAAAAGUUCACUGUUGUUACGGACGGAUUUUGAUAGCCUUCUUCUGAAAGACCCUAAAACGGGAGAAGUUUUGUAUUCCUGGCCCUACAGAUUCCUCCGGAGGUUCGGACGUGACAAGGCAACAUUCUCCUUCGAAGCUGGCCGAAGAUGCGACUCAGGGGAGGGCAACUUUGAGUUUGACACAAAGCAGGGAAACGCUAUCUUUCAAUCCGUGGAGGCUGCCAUCAAUGUACAAAGAGCCACUAUACCUCAAAAGUCGGGGGCAGAGCGAGAGCCUGUGCCCUCUGUUCCUAGCGUGAAAGCUCUGGUGGACGACUCCAGCGUCUACAGUAUGGUGUCCGAACAUCAAGUCAGGGAGAUGCACAAACAACAACAAAACCCCCAGCCCUCAAAACUUGAAGCCCCGUCAGAAAAACUUCUUACUGGUGUUAAGAGUCUGAACCUGGACUCCAGACCUCCACCACGUAAAAGCCAGGUCAAGAACUUUAGAAGUUGCCCCUUGGUCAACACAGAAGAGGAGACUUAUUCCCGCGCCAUGGCGCCAGCUCCGGAUCGGGGCAGUCCCGGGGAGUGGAGAGAACCGAAGGACAGACGUUCCACAUGCUCCAACCCUGAGGAUUCUGACUACUCUUUGCCCUUCGACAGCAUUGCUAAAAACGUCAUGGCGGACAUUUUGGCAGCAUCCAACCCGCCCCCAACUUUAGUAGAGCCAGGUUCUGAAAACGGAAAUAAAAAAGUUGCAGAAAACACAGAGCCGCUGUACGACAGUAUAGAUGAAACUGCUAUUAGAACCCGUUACGCGCAUAAAAGCCAUUCUCGCCCGACCUCGUACAAAAGACUGGAGCACAUCUAUGAUGAACCCGAGGGUUGUGCUAUGACGCAAGGUGGUCCUCCGUCACUCUAUGAUGAACCAGAGGAGGUCAAAGGUCAUGCCUGGAAGAUGCUGGGUACGGUAAUGGAUCCGAGCGGUCACGAGUACCCGUACAACGCUAGUGUGGAUGACUAUGCCGUUCCCAAACCUCCAAGGAGGGCCUUGCUGCCAGAGCAGGACAAUGAGGAGGAAGACAGUUCACCGUAUGAUAAUAUCAUGGUGAAAGGAAUACAAAAGAAUAACUAAAGACUGCUUUAUAAUCAUUUUGUUGUGAUAGAAAUAUGAGGGAGUGAGUGAAUGAAUAAAAUAUUUAAUCA